CCCAGAAAAGUAAAAGCCGAUUUCAUUGUCAUAUUCAUCACCUCUCUCCUCUCAUUCCAAAAACUGUUAUCUAAAUUUACAAAUCACAAAUAAAAUCCCAAAACACACACUCAUGCCUUUCCACUCUAAUUGCUCAAAUUCAAUUACCUCUUAAAACCCCUCCAAAACCCCUAAAUACCAACUCUAUCCCCAAUUUCCUUUUUCUUAUUUUACAUUUCUCCGUUUCUACCAAACUCUCAUUUCUUGAUCCUUAGAAUUUCUACUAAAUUACCAAUAUGUCCAAUUCAGGCGGCUUUGCUGUGACUCGUACUCACUCGGGAGACCGAUUCUACAACCCGCCGGCGAUGAGACGGCAUCAGCAGUUGCUCUUGCAGCAGCAGCAGUUGCAGCUGCAGAGGCAGUCACAGAGGCCGUUACAGAAGGAGACUCGAGUUGACUCGGUCGAGGCAGAGACUCGGACUGAAUCGGACGAGUCCACAUUGUCCAGGCCUAACUCGGUCUGCUCACCGUCGGCGGGUUCUUCACCAAGAAAUGCCGACAUGACUAAUUUGGAUCGGCUCAUGGAAUCCGUCACUCCUUAUGUUACGGUUCAGUACUUCUCCGAGGGGAGAACGAGGGGAUGGAGAAAUCGUGAAGCUGAUAUUCAACCAGUCUUCAGUCUUGGGGAUCUGUGGGAAUCAUUCAAUGAAUGGAGUGUGUAUGGAGUAGAAGUGCCACUAUUGUUGAAUGGAAGCGACUCUGUUAAACAGUAUUAUGUUCCAUCCUUAUCAGGCAUUCAAUUGUAUACAGACCCACGGCUGAGAAGGCCUGGUGAAGAUAGUGAUGCUGAGUCUUCUAGGGAGACGAGUAGUGCUGGAAGUAGCGACUGUGAAGCAGAAAGGCGUGCCAAAGGGAUUGUUGAUGGAACCUGGGGCCAACACAAUCUCGUGAACUUGAAUUUCCAGAGAUUGAACAGACUUACAUUGAGAGAUAAGCCUCCUAUGAAUUCGUCUAGUGAUGAAACUGAGGUUUGCAACUCACCUGGGUCACUUGUAUUUGAAUAUUUGGAACAAGAACAACCACACCAUCGACAACCUUUAUAUGAUAAGGUUUCAAGUCUUGCAUCUCAGAAUCCAGAGAUCAGGAUGUACAGGAGCUGUGAUCUAUUGCCUACAAGUUGGAUUUCUGUGGCAUGGUAUCCAAUUUACAGAAUACCUGUGGGCCCAACCUUACAAAGUCUGGAUGCAUCUUUUUUAACCUUUCAUUCUUUAUCGACACAAGCUAGAAGGAAAAAUCAGCCACAGUUUAAUGCUUAUGGUGACAGGAAGGUCUAUGGUGUAGAUGCUUCACCGAAGAUUCCCUUACCUGCUUUCGGUCUUGCUUCCUAUAAAUUGAGAGGUUCAAUUUUGACUCCCAAUGGACACAAUGAAUGGCAGCAAGCAAACUCUCUGUUGCAAGCUGCUGACAACUGGCUCAGGCGUUUGCAUGUUAAUCUUCCUGAUUUCCAGUUCUUUGCUUCACAUAAUUCACAGUGGAGAUGAUAGGGGCAUUAACUUCCCAUGGAAAUGCUAUUCCAAAUAGCCAUGAUGUUGAACGUGCCAGUUUUAUGGAAUGAUAUAUGUUCAAAGAUGAGAUGCCAUUUACUUAGAAACCCUCCUAACAGCUUCAUUUUCAGCCUUCUCAUCCUUAAAGUCAUGUAUGUGUUUUUUCGUAAAAGCAGCAGUGUUCACAAGUAAAAAACCGCAUGUGGUUUUCGUCUGGUGCAGUGUGUAUAAGUUCUGUAAAAUUGCCAGUGCAUGGAGGGAUGGUAAGCUCAAGGUCAGCUGUUUUCUCAAUUUCAGGCAGGGGUAAACUGUGGUCACCAUAUGAGAGCACAGAUAAUCUCUCACGCAUCAGAAUUGAAUUUUUAUGACGCAAAUAUAUUGGUGAAUCACUGGCCGUGUCUUCUUGUCUGUGUCUAUGUGAUUCUUUCAUGUUCUUUUUGAUGAUGACGAAAAUUUGAAACAUAUGUAAUUGUAUUUGCACAUAUAAACCUAUAUCUGCGGCUGCAAUUUUUUAAAUAGGCAAUACAUACAAUCCCAUUCCGAUAAUCGGGGGUUUCUAAUUUUUGUUUUGGUGGGCAUCGUACAGUUGCUGCUUAUGUUUGGAACGUCAACUGAGAUGUCAAAACUCGACUCUGCAGACAAUGUAGCCUUAGUCAGGGGCUGAAAUGACCUGGACUGGAGAACCUAGCCUUUUACAAAAGUUAUUUUUGUCAAAAGAUGUGCUCAAGUAGUACAAGGAGAAGCCCUAAGCGGUGCUGCGGUGGUUUUCAAUCGGAAUUAAAGGUUGGAUUUUAAGAUAACGGACGCUGUUCUUAAUUCAUCGAAUUAAAAUAAACAGGUUAACUAUAAAGUUUAUGGCAUAGCAAAAAUAAUAGGGGAUAUGGUUUAG